CGGGAGAAUGACAUCAUCCGAGCUUAAGUAACGGGAGGAGGGGGGCAGAUUCGUGGAGGACGGCCGCUCGUGCCACUGGAGCUUCUCAGGAACUCUCAACAGGGAGUGCAACCGACUAUAGAGCUACGAGCUGGGGGGAAUGAGAGCCGUUCGAAUCCGCUCCAAUCCUCCUCGACCAAGGCCCCUACCCGCCUGACAGCGCCCGGGACACAAUCUUCAGAGAACCAGCUUUCAUACGAACCCAAUAUCGGGUGACUGCUUGCAAUCAUGGAGCUGAGAGUAGGGAACAAAUAUCGGCUGGGGCGAAAGAUAGGUAGCGGUUCCUUCGGAGACAUUUACCUUGGUGCCAACAUUGCCACUGGUGAGGAGGUAGCCAUCAAGCUUGAAUGUGUGAAAACUAAACACCCACAGUUGCACAUUGAGAGCAAGUUCUACAAGAUGAUGCAAGGAGGAGUGGGUAUUCCAUCAAUAAAGUGGUGUGGUGCAGAAGGAGACUACAAUGUGAUGGUAAUGGAGCUUCUUGGUCCCAGUCUUGAAGAUCUUUUCAACUUUUGCUCCCGAAAGUUCAGCCUAAAGACUGUCCUGCUUUUGGCAGACCAAAUGAUAAGUCGUAUUGAGUACAUCCACUCCAAGAAUUUCAUUCACCGUGAUGUGAAGCCAGACAACUUCUUAAUGGGGCUUGGCAAGAAGGGUAAUCUUGUGUACAUUAUUGACUUCGGUCUGGCCAAAAAGUACCGUGAUGCCCGUACGCACCAGCACAUCCCCUAUAGAGAGAACAAGAACCUGACAGGCACAGCACGAUAUGCUUCCAUCAACACACAUCUUGGAAUUGAGCAAUCAAGACGCGAUGACUUGGAGUCCCUUGGCUACGUCCUCAUGUACUUCAACCUGGGGUCCUUACCCUGGCAAGGCCUCAAGGCUGCUACCAAGAGACAGAAGUAUGAACGAAUCAGUGAGAAGAAAAUGUCCACACCCAUUGAGGUUCUUUGCAAAGGAUAUCCUUCGGAAUUCUCCACAUACCUGAAUUUUUGCCGAUCUCUCCGGUUUGAUGACAAGCCAGAUUACUCCUACCUGCGACAGCUCUUCAGAAAUCUCUUCCAUCGGCAGGGCUUCUCCUAUGAUUACGUCUUUGACUGGAAUAUGCUCAAGUUUGGGGGCACGCGGACGACUGAAGAUGGAGACAGGGAAAGGAGAACUGGCGAUGAGAGGGACGAUCGUAUGGGUGUUGCUCCCAGGGGUUCUGCAGCACGAGGUCUCCCCCCAGCUCAUAAUUCUGGACCUUCUAACCGAGUCAGAAAUGGACCAGAACAAGCCAUCUCUAACCCUGCCUCACGGGUUCAGCAAUCUGGGAACACAUCACCUCGUGCCAUUUCUCGUGCUGAAAGGGAAAGGAAGGUGAGCAUGCGACUCCACCGUGGGGCACCAGCUAAUGUGUCGUCCUCUGACCUUACAGGCCGUCACGACCAAUCCAGGAUUUCCACAUCACAGGUGAGCGUGCCAUUCGAGCACAUGGGAAAAUAAAUUUCCUGGGCUGUGCAUGAACGUGAAAGUGACAGGGCUGCAAGAUAUAUUUGUUGCUCUGUGUCCUUCUUUCAUUUUUACUCUAAUGAAAUGAUUGAUAGCAAUGGACACAUGGAUCUUUGGAAAAGUACAGCAAAUUCCAGCAGGAUCCAGGGAAGUACUUUUUAUAGUACCCAGCAUCCAAUCUUUUAUGUGACCUCUGCUAAACGUUGGAUCAUCAUCUUCCCGAUGCAAAAAUUUACAGUGCUACAUCUUGGUUGAUUGUGACUGAUCCCCCCCCCUACCCUACCCUGAGAAACAUUCCCUAAACAAGCUUUCUGUCUGAUGAAUGAGAGGAACUUUUGACAACACAAAAGGAUUCUAGGGCACUAGCAUGUUUCAUUUCAAAGAUCAAAGCCCCCCCCCCAAAAAAAAAAUCUUUGUUAGCCCUUUUGGUGGAUGAUAGAAAAGGGUAGUCUUGAGACGGUAGCGUUAUGAAUGAUGAGGUUUUUAAAGGUUUUGUUGCAGCUCCUAUUUCUGUUUACUGUGAGUUGCUUGCUUGUCCUUUGUGUAUUCUGUGAUAAAUAACUGUCCCUCAAAUCAUCAAAAAUAUCCAGGGCACAUUUCUUUCUCAUCACUUAUGUGUACUGUUGUUUUAAAUGCAAGUUAUGUAUCAGCAUAUGUAGUUGUUUGAAAAACACACUCCCAAUUCUUGAGGCAGAGCAGUAUUUGAAUAGACUCCAUUGCAUCUGGUUGAACCCACAAAGAAUGGCUGCAAUUUAUAUGAUAAUUCUUACAAUUUUUUUUUUUCUUAAUGUUAUUUUUACCCUAAGAGGAAAGGAGAAUUGGCUGAUGCCAUUAGGGAUGUUUUAAGGCGAGGAAGCAUUUUAUUUUUUAAAUGUUUACAUCACUGUAAAUAUUUUUUUAUUUUGAUGUAAAAGCCAACGUGUUUUCUGUUUUAAUAUGUAAAGUAGAAAAAUGCAUAUUACCGGGAGGGGUGAAAAAGUUUUGGUAUUUAAAGUAUUACAUUUUGGACAUCAAUGUUGCUCUGCCAGCUGGGUCAUGAAAGUGUAUGUGUGUGUUUCCAGUUUUUGGGAGUGAGAGUGUGUUUUCCCCAAUAAGAAAUCAUGGUUCGUUUUAUGUGUUUUGAGUUGGUGUUCUCUCAGCUAUUUAUGUUAAAUUACUUUGUGUGGAAAAUGAUCUUUUAAAUGUACCUUCCUGACUAACACCAGAAGUAGCUCGUGCUAUUAUUGUCUUGGUCUCGUUUUCUUCUCUUUUCCCUUCAAAUGUCGUCUAAUGGUCUUUAUAAAACACACACACAGGGCUUUCUAUAUUCCCUCUGCAGAUAAUUCAAUGCUUGAUGUCACCUUUUUAAUUUUUAACCCCCUGCGAGCUUGAUGAUGUCAUUCGCAUUACUAACUGAUUCAAUUGCAGGGACAUUGUAAAUAUAUUGGUUCUGUGUGUAUGUGUAAUUACCUUUGUACAGGCCACCAUGACCCAGUGGCAUUGUAACUGUUGUAUAUGUGUGCGUGUUAGGGGGUGGGUAUAAAAUAGGAUAAGGUGACAGAAUUUCACUUUAUGUAUUGUGUACUGAUAUCUUGUACAGUUCUUUAACACUUUAUUUACAACAGUAUUUGUGUAUAUUUUAUGAAGUAAUAAAAUUGAAUCUCACAGUCUUGCA